ACAUGAUGGUGAAUCACGUAGUGUUAUUUGUUUUUAGGUUCAAACAGAUUUAACACGGUCAUCGCAAUAUAUUUCCGAAAUAUUGACUCCCUUGUAAUAUGAAGUUUAAUUGGAGAAUUUCAGAAAAAUUGAGAUAACGGUGUCAGAUCAUUGCGAACCUAAAACCAAAUAUUACCAUUGCAAAUUGCACUCAACAUGGCAAACUAGCCCUGCCUAGAUGCUUUUCUAGGUGGAUGGUGAUCCCUGGUCCAUUGGAUGAAAUCGGAGAUCUCAGCAAAAGUCUUAUAACUCUUGAAUGGAGCAAGUUAAGGAUAUUGGCAUUGUGUAGAUAGAAAUAUCGAUAAGUCUCAUUAAAAGUCUAAAUUGAAAGGAAAAUAGCUAUAGAAUAUUGUUUUUGAUAAUUUCCAUCAAGAGCUCACAUAAUUGGUCGAUUACUGACCAAUCAAAUUUCAAUAUAGUUCGAUGACCGCGUAUCUUCUCUCUUGAAUGGCGAAAACUGCAGGUCUCUAUGAUGUUGCUACCAAAGGUAAUUAAAGAAAACAGUAAAGUACAUUAUUUUAUGAAAUGGAUAGUAAAUUCGUCCUAUUUAAGUAUAAAAGUAACAAAAAAAGGUAGACAGAUAUAGGUUGAAUGAAAAUUGAAGAGAAGAAAUCCAUUUUGAGAGUUUAAGGUAUCUAUUUAACUGCAUAGUUUUUGUACACAGAAUGGAUAUUAACUUUCCAUAUUUAGGAGAUAAAUUGAUAGGGAACAACGAAAAAGCACAUAUCCGAACAAGUACAGUAUUACAGUGAGAAGACAUGAAUAUUAAAUUAUUCGACGAGAUUGAGAAACGCUAUAACAAACAAACCGAUUGUCUUAAUUAUUAGAAAAAAGAAAACAAACUAAUAUGAUAUUGCAAUCGAUUCGUAACACAAAUCAUUAGCUGUCUUCUGUUUUCAUUUACUAUGAGAACUAAUCUAAAACAGGUCUUCUUUUAUCUAGAAGAAUACUUCUAUUAAAAUUUAGGAAAUGAAAUCGAACGACUUGUUGUUUAGAGAAUUAUUAUUAGUGAUUCAUCAGAAAAAAAUAGAAGAACAAAUAGAUAUAGUAUUAUUAAAAAAAAUUUUCAUUAUAUUGUCUUAGAAUUCGAUCUCAAACGUGCAUGAAUACUAAAUUGAAUUGUCAGAUAUUCGCUUGUGAAUAUAUGUGUAAGAAACAACUCGAGUACUCAUACUGUCAAGUCUUACUGACUUUAUGAGUUUUUUUUUAUUAGGAUGAUGUUAUUCAAUUUUCUAUAUUAUCCAAAUAUAUCCUAUUUGACUUUUUAGUAUUUGUUGAUACGGGUAUUCGAACAGGAACUGAUGUAUUAAAAGCACUAGCAUUAGGUGCGCAAGCUGUUUUUAUUGGUCGACCAGUUUUAUAUGGAUUAGCUUGUGGUGGACAGGAUGGAGUUAAAACAGUAUUAAAUAUAUUAAAACGUGAAUUAAUGUAUGAUAUGGCUUCUUGUGGAAUAACAUCAAUUGAUCAAAUUAAUAAAGAUAUUCUUUAUAAGCAUACAUAA